CAUCAGUGCCCUGAUGAUCGGUGCCCAGCAGUGCCACCAACCAGUUCCGCCCACCCGUGCCCAGCAGUGCGCCCACCUGUGCAUCCACCUGUGCCCAGCAUUGCUCCCACUUCAGUGCCACCCACCUGUGUCCAGCCACCUGUGCCCACCAGUGCCACCCACCUGUGCCCACCAGUGUAACCCACCAGUGCCCAUAAGUGCAGCCCAGCAGUGCUACCAGUCAAUGCCACCAGUCAGUGCCCAGCGGUUGUGCCAGUCAGUGCCCAGCAGUUGCGCCAGUCAAUGCCUAGAAGUGCCGCCAGUCAGUGCCCAGCAGUGAUGCCAGUCAGUGCCACCUAUCAGUG